CCAGGCACCGUCUGAAUGCGCCUCCAGGAAGUCGCGGUGACAGAUGUGCUUUUCUCCGAGUGAUUCUGGCUCGUUUUGGCUCGUGCCUGCUCCCGUCCUGUCCCCGUGCCGCGGUCACGGACGUUCGGUUCGGUUCGGUUCCGACUCGCCCCUUCCAUUCAGCCAGGCAGCGUCUUCCACCGGGUCAGACAUGACGUCCAUCAGCAGGUACCGGAGCCGCGCACUCCGAGCAGAGGAUUCGGAGGACAAAGAGUAUGUGGGAUUUGCGACGCUGCCCAACCAACUGCACAGAAAGUCAGUGAAGAAAGGCUUCGACUUCACACUCAUGGUGGCAGGUGAGUUUGGUCUGGGUAAAUCUACGCUGGUCAACAGCCUGUUCCUCACUGACCUGUACAAAGAGAGGAAGCUGCUCAACGCUGAGGAGCGAAUCAAGCAGACGGUGGAGAUCACAAAGCACACGGUGGACAUCGAGGAGAAGGGCGUGAAGCUGAAGCUCACCAUCGUGGAUGUGCCAGGUUUUGGAGACGCUGUCAACAACACAGAGUGCUGGACUCCGGUAACAGACUACAUCAACCAGCAGUUUGAACAAUACUUCAGGGAUGAAAGUGGGCUGAACAGGAAGAACAUCCAGGAUAACAGGGUCCACUGCUGCCUUUACUUUAUAUCCCCGUUUGGACAAGGGCUCCGUCCCAUCGAUGUGGAGUUCAUGAAGGCCCUUCAGGACAAAGCCAACGUGGUUCCACUCAUCGCUAAGGCCGACUGCCUCACGCCUUCUGAGAUAAAGAGGCUCAAAGAACAGGUGAGGGAAGAGAUCGAUAAGUUUGGGAUAAAGAUCUACCAGUUCCCCGACUGCGACUCUGAUGAAGAUGAGGAGAUCAAACAGCAGGAUAAAGGGCUGAAGGAGAGCCUUCCGUUUGCAGUGAUCGGCGGGAACACAGUGCUGGAGGUCAGAGGUCAGAGGGUGAGGGGCCGCCUAUACCCUUGGGGGAUCGUAGAGGUGGAGAACCCGUCCCACUGUGACUUCGGGAAGCUCAGGAACAUGCUGAUUAGGACGCACAUGCACGACCUGAAAGACACCACCAACGACUGUCACUAUGAAAACUACCGGGCCCAAUGCAUCCAGAACAUGACCAGUAAGAUGAAUGCAGAUAAACGUGUGGAGAGUCCCAUCCCCAUCCUGCCUCUGUCCACGCCUGCCGUGGAGACAGAGAAGCUUAUCAAGAGGAAAGAUGAAGAACUGAAGAGGAUGCAGCAGAUGCUGCAGAAGAUGCAGCAGCAGAUGCACGGGCAGGACCUGUGACCUCUGAUCGGCCUGUUCACAGCAGCGAUAAUCUCACACACACACACACGCACACGCACACACACACACACACACACACACACACACGCAUGGUGUAAUCCACACUGCUCUCCUUCUUUCAGGGACGAGAUGAGAAAAUUUCUCUUUGCCAAUUAACAGAUAAAGUGUUUUUAAGACAGCAUGCUUUCUGUUCAGUGCAGUCCUUAGCCAAGUGAUCUAUAGAUUUUUAGCCAGUAGGUUGAAUUGAUCAGAUAGACUAAAGUAGAUGCAAUGCUUUGCUGAAUUACUGAAUAAGUAUUCCAACAGUGGUCAAUUGUUAUGAUGCUUUUGAAUAUAAAGAUCAGAAAUUUUUAUAUUUUUAGAAACAGGAAACGGUUUGAGAAUUGAGUUUUCAUAGAUAUUUAAAGUCAUUAGAUAUAAGAAAUAAGGACUUCCUGUUGUGACAGAAAAAAACAACAACAAAAAACCCCCAAAAGCACAAUAUUAGAUGCAGAAGUCUUGACUUAUUGAUGGAGUUUGGAUAAAUGACUGUAAGGAGACUCCUGGUAGUUUUCUAACAGGGAUCUUUGUUCACAUAACAUCAGAGGUUUGGGUUCCUCAUCAUGGUCUUUAUUAUCAUAUUCAUCCUGAACUUUGAAUGCUGCAUGAAGCAGCAGUUUAAGAGACAACUUUAAUGAAUCUUAAAAGCAAGAAAAAGUACGCAUGUUUGAAUUUAUGGUGGACUUUCUAAAAUCCACAUAAGCUCAAAUGUAUAAAUACCCAGUGCAUAGAGUUAAUAAAUCCAGGUUUUGCUGCUUGUGGCUGGAUACCAGAGCUUCUUAUCAGAAGUUCAUUUUAAAAGGCAGAAAAGGCUCUUUGGCACAUUACAAAAUAUUUAUAAUUGACCUGAUGUCAGGAAAUUCUAGAAAUAUUAUAUAUAAGGUAGAUGAACAAAAAGUUCAAAUUUUUCAAGUCUAAAACCUUGAUAAGGUAUCACUCUCGCUAUAUGAAUUAAUUAAUCAUAGGUGUUGUUCUUUUAUUUAAUUCGUUUUAGCUUGAUUACUUUACAAAAAUUGCAUGAAGCUAUCUCAGAUAUCCUGAAAUUUACUGUUUUCUCCUCUAAACACAUGUUAAUUUCUCUGAAGAAUAUACAAAAUAAACCUGAACAGCUGUUAACCAUCUCUACAGAGAAAUUAUGAUCAAAUAAAACCAAACAAAGUGUUGUAAACAGUCCUGUUUUUAAUGAACUAUAUGACCCAUUGUUUUGUUUGAUGUCUGAUCUGGUUAUUUCACUCUAAUAUGAAGUGCAGAUGAAUUGUUUUCAAUACGUGAACAUACUGAGUUAUAAGGUAAAGUCUUGAUGGCCUGUGCAGCAGGGUCUACAGGAUCUUUCUAACAUGUCAGGUAUCAAAACAGAAAAAAAUCCUGGUUCUGAUCACACCCAGUGACACACAGACGUCACUAGGUCUCUUGGUUUUAACAUGGCUAAAUGUUUCUAUGCUGGCAAACUUUAUUCAGUUAUCAAAUCUUUGACACAUGUUGUCCAGCUACUUCCUGUCGUCUUUCCCUCCAGUAGUAACUUCCUGUCGUUGACCACGUGACUGGUGUGAUGCGACAUAAACUAAUAGCUGAAAAACAAAUCAUCCUCACUCAAAAAACGUCUUAGCAUUUUGGUUAUUGAAAUUUCUUUGUUUCAAUUAAAGAAAUACAUUUUCUUAUUCCAAUUUUGGCAAUCUUACAGUCAUUGGAAGAAAGACUAGUGUAAAUAUAAUCUCCUUUUAUGUUUCUUACAAGUAAUAACUGACACCAACAUAAAGCUGAUGUUUCCACAAACCUUCAUUUUCUCAGUUCCUGAGAGUUUACAUAUUUAAUCAUCUGCUUUUCUACACUUCUGGGGAAUUGUAAUGAUUUGGAAACAUGAAGGUAAAUCUUGUGAAAUGAACAAUAGCCAGAGGAAAAAACAACAACAAAUGUUUACUGAACUCCCUGACAACAGGAGUUUUCCAGCACUCAGGACUGCAAGACAUUGUUUUUGUUCUGUUUCAGUGGCUGAUCAGACUGUGUUUUAAAAUUUUGUGAUGAUAAUAAAAAUGAUGUGAGAAUUG